CACCGAUCGAGAAGAGGAGACAACGAAGUUUGAAACGCACGUUCGAUGGUCGUAGAGAGUUUGUUCUAGAAAAGCUCUUUCCGUCUUUCGCAUCUUCGAAUUUAUUCCUUCCCUUCUUCUUCUCCUUCUCUCUCUUUUUCUUUCUCUUCUUAAUCAUUUCCUGCCACCGUUUGGAUCCGUACAUGCUCUGCUCAAGGUCUCUGAUCCUAUCCUCUUCUUAACUCUCGAUAUCCUUCUACCAGGUGCCAAUCAAUUACUCUUCUGAUUCGUGAUCAGGUUAGCUCACAAGUGGCGAGGAAAUGAUUUCGGGGAUAAUUCGACGCAAAGUUGCUUCGGUGUUAGGACAGUCAGUGCCAAGGAUUAGGUCCUCAGUGUCGGGGCCAAGAUAUUACAGGAAAACUCAGAAAGAGGCUUUCCUGGCUUGGCAAGGAUUUGAAUAUGUCCAGAGCUCUAGUUACCACAUUUUUCUAGGAGGUCAUGCCCAUUCAAAUCCAAGGGAAGUUGCUGCAAUAUUUCAAACAGGAGCCUUUGCCCGAUCAAGGAAUAGAUCAUUCUCUUCAGACAAUGGGGACCUGAUUGAAGCUGUUGUUCCUUUUAUGGGUGAAUCUAUAACUGAUGGCACUUUGGCAAACUUCCUAAAGAAACCUGGUGACAGAGUUGAAGUUGAUGAGCCAAUUGCUCAGAUUGAAACUGAUAAGGUGACAAUUGAUGUAGUUAGUCCUGAAGCUGGCACCCUUCAAAAGUUUGUGGCCAAGGAAGGGGAUACUGUGGAACCAGGAACCAAGAUUGCUGUCAUCUCAAAAUCAGGUGAAGGUGUGACGCAAGCUCCUUCAGAAAAAGCUGCUGCUCAACCACUGCCUCCCGAACAGAAGAAAAGUGUAGAGAAGCAAACCCCCAAAGAAGAAACAGCCCCUGUUAAGGAGAAGAUUAAAGAACCAUCUCCGCCCCUACCCAAGGCAAAAGGAGCUUCUUCACCUCCUAAAGCCACAGCUUCAGAACCCCAGCUUCCUCCUAAGGACAGGGAAAGACGAGUUCCUAUGACAAGACUCAGGAAGCGGGUUGCAACACGCCUGAAAGAUUCUCAGAAUACAUUUGCUUUGCUGAGCACAUUUAAUGAGGUUGAUAUGACCAACCUGAUGAAGCUCCGUUCAGAUUACAAAGAUGCAUUUCUCGAAAAGCAUGGAGUGAAAUUAGGACUUAUGUCUGGUUUCGUGAAAGCUGCUGUUAGCGCACUUCAGAAUCAGCCAAUUGUCAAUGCUGUCAUUGAUGGUGAUGAUAUCAUAUAUCGAGAUUACAUUGACAUCAGCAUUGCUGUUGGCACUCCUAAGGGCCUCGUUGUUCCAGUUAUUCGGAAUACUGAGAAGAUGAACUUCGCCGUGAUAGAGAAGGAGAUCAAUACUCUAGCUAAGAAGGCAAAUGAUGGUUCUAUAUCAAUUGAUGAGAUGGCUGGAGGUACAUUCACAAUAUCAAAUGGUGGUGUCUAUGGAAGUCUUUUAAGUACACCAAUCAUCAACCCUCCACAGUCAGCUAUAUUAGGCAUGCACUCAAUAGUGAACCGUCCAAUGGUCGUUGGGGGCAAUAUUGUUCCAAGGCCAAUGAUGUAUAUCGCCUUGACUUAUGAUCAUAGGCUGAUUGAUGGGAGGGAGGCUGUGUUUUUCCUGCGCCGUAUCAAAGAUGUUGUGGAGGACCCUCGGAGGCUCCUCCUCGAUGUAUGAAGAAAUCUUUUCCAAAUUCCUUAUUUUCUGGUAUUAAACAUGCAAUUCGGUAUUACCCAGAAUUACAUCCCAGAAUUUAAAAUUUUGUCGAGAUGUCUUUUUUGAUCUGCAAUGACACAAGUUAUCAAAUUGCUUGAGUUCACAUUUUCAAGGACGAACCUCAUCAAGUUAUGGUAUUAGUAUUACGGAUGCUGGAUUUGCAUAUUGAGUACUUUCAUCUGUUGACAUUUUGUCCUUUUGACGGACAGUGAGUUUUUUAACGGAUCCUUGGAUGAAGGAUUGACACUGUUAUGUGUACCAAUCUUAUUUAUCUGUUGGUCAGGGUUGUAAUAA